AUGCAUUCAAUAUCUCCAUCCAAACCCUACCAGUAUCCUAAAAAGGAUUCGCUGCUUGCACCCUUGUCCUCAACAGGGAAUCUAAAGCAAACCAAAAGUACAUCAUUAAACAACUCGGUAAAUCCCCCUGGAAAGAGAACUGUGCUUCACAACAAACAAGGGACUGUCGCUUCGAGCACACGCGUCGUUGCUGGGGAGGAAGCAAAACCACACAGCUGGCCAUGGCAGGCAUCUUUGCAGUUUGCUUAUGCCCACGACCCUGAUUUCUUUCAACAUAUGUGUGGUGGAUCCCUAAUUUCUGCAAAGUGGGUCAUGACUGCUGCCCAUUGCAUUGUUGACAUCCCAGGAAGAUUUGCUGUUGUUCUUGGAGAGCAUGAUCUGGAGAAGAAAGGCAAUGAAUAUUUGCGACAUAUUGAAUUGAUCAUAACUCAUCCUGACUGGAAUCCAAAUUUCCUUGAAAAAGGGAAUGACAUUGCUUUACUUCGAAUGGCACAGCCUGCAUAUGCUACACCUGAUAUAGAGGUAGCAGCCUUACCACCCUUCAAUGAGAUCUUACCCAAUGGCUAUCCAUGUUACGUCACUGGAUGGGGAUUAACUCAACCUUUUGGUCUUCCCUCUCCCACUCUGCAGCAAGCUCUGCUCCCUGUGGUGGACUAUGCUACAUGCUCAUCUCCACAGUGGUGGUCAGGCUUGGUCACCAAAAACAUGAUCUGUGCUGGGGGUGAUGGUAUGACGUCUGCAUGUCAGGGAGAUUCUGGUGGCCCCCUAAACUGUCAGAACGAUGCUGGAAGCUGGGUUGUCCAUGGUAUUGUAAGCUUCGGACCAGUCUCCUGUGUUAUAGAGAAGCACCCUACAGUUUUUACUCGGGUAUCAGCAUAUAUCAACUGGAUUUACCAGACCAUGGAUCAAAAUGCUGGCAAUUAA